CAUCACAGCAUCCUGUCCACAAGAGGAUCUGUCAGCAGCUCUCCUGCCUCUUCCUGUGCCCACUGCAGUCUCGCUGUCCCCAAGCUGAUCCUGCUUCAUGGAAACAAUGGCGUUGGCCCUCAUCCUGGGUUGGUGUCUGGUGGCAGCGAUCAGGGCACAGCACCCACAAAGCGGGGACACGCAGGUGCAUAUCAGUGCCAGUACCGGAUGUCUGAGUCAGAGGAGAAAUCGGAGAAGAGUGACCCCGUGGAGCUGGUGGUGACAGAUCACAGCUUUCCACCACCUGGCAUCUCCCUUCAACCAAAGGAACGUGUGGGGACAGGUACCAAUGUCACCAUCCACUGCUGGAACAAGGACUAUGGGGCCUCCUUCCUCCUGCACAAGGAUGGGCGCUCAGCCCCUAUCCAGUGCCAGAACCCAGAUGCUGGGGGCACGGCCACCUUCAUCCUCCUUGGGGUGACCCCAGCUGAUGCUGGUACCUACAGGUGCUCCUACCAUCCCAAGAACCACCCCUUUAUUUCCUCACCCCUCGGGAGCAGCGUGACACUGGAGGUGACACCCACACCCGCAACCCCAGAGUCACCCACACACCCAGACCCCGCAGGAUCUGAGGAGUGGUCCAGAGCGAGUCUAGUGAUAGCACUGCUGAGGGUCAUGGUUGCUGCACUUGUCUUCAGCCUUGGAGUCUUCUUUGUCAUUGAUGGCCGCAGCCUCUGGAUACAGAGAGAUGAGAACUGUGGUGAGGAAGGGGUUAAAUGUCUCCCACCCCCUAUAGAUCCCCCCAGUGUCCCCUGCCCGCCCUUCUAUCCCAUAUCGAUCCUCCCAGGUGUACCUUCCUGCCCUUUGAUCCCCUAUCGAUACCCUCUAGGGCUCCUCGUAUGUGACCCAAGGCCCCUCCAUAACCCCAGUCUUCCCCACUCCACCGUAUGACACAGUUGCCCCUCAUAAUACCUGACACCAUGCAGUUCCAGGUCACUGUCCGGGUCAGGGGACCCAAAUCGCAACCUGCCCCUUGGGGCCUCACCGAAGCCCACCACGGAAACCUGAACCAUGUCCACAAGACAACAAAUUUCAAGAAAAUGGAAUUCUGCAUUGUGGGGAAACUCCAGACACAAAAUCUCAGCCCUCAGACAUGCUGCAGCCCUCCAGGCCAUCA